AUGGCUCCAGGAGGUGGUGUCUACCAGGACAUUAUUGAGUCCCGCACUGCAUAUGCUGAUUAUGGUAUAGCACCUGCAAAUGGGGAGUUAAGUUCCCCUUUCAGAAAAUCUGCAACUGUUGUUGGUCGGAGGCUUGGUAUGGCGUCAAAUAGCUCUGUGCAUGAGCUACUUGAGUGCCCUGUUUGCAUCACUUUAAUGUACCCUCCCAUUCACCAGUGCCCAAAUGGCCACACUUUAUGUUUGAACUGCAAGGCGAAAGUACAAUGUUGCCCAAUUUGUCGCCAAGAGCUUGGAAACAUAAGGUGCUUGGCUUUGGAGAGAGUUGCAGAAUCGCUAGAACUGCCAUGCAAAUACCAGAUUUUGGGUUGUCAAGAGAUAUUCUCAUACCACAACCAGCCCAGGCACGAGCAGAAUUGCAGGUUUCGCCCAUAUAAAUGCCCUUAUGCUGGAGCUGAAUGCUCUGUCACUGGUGAUAUCCAGUUACUGGUUUCUCAUCUCAAGGACGAUCACAAGGUGGACAUGCACAAUGGGUGUACUUUCAACCACCGAUAUGUCAAAACCAAUCCCCAAGAAGUUGAGAAUGCUACAUGGAUGUUAACUGUUUUCAACUGUUUUGGCCACCAGUUUUGCUUGCACUUUGAGGCUUUCCAACUUCAAAUGGCACCUGUCUACAUGGCCUUCCUGCGCUUUAUGGGUGAUGACCAUGAUGCAAAGAAAUUCAGUUAUAGCUUGGAAGUUGGCGGAAAUGGCAGGAAAUUAACAUGGCAAGGAGUUCCCAGGAGCAUUCGUGACAGUCAUACUACAGUUCGAGACAGUCUAGAUGGGCUAAUUAUUCAGAGAAGCAUGGCACUCUUUUUUUCUGGUGGGGAUAGGCAGGAGCUGAAGCUAAAAUUAGCCGGCCGUAUAUGGGAAGAACAGGCAUAA